UCGUAGUUCUUGGAGUGUGGACAGUGUCGACCUGACCUCAACCAAGCGAACAGCUCCGAAGCCAAACAAUUAACAACAAUGUUGCUCUUCUUCACCAUCGCCUGUAGUCUGAUUGUCGCCUCUGCCUACCCCUCUCACGACGACUCCGCCCCCGCCUCCACCCACCACUCCCACCAUGCCCCCCACAGCUACGCCUCCUCCGCCGAGCUCACCAGCCUGGCCCACACCUCCGCCCAGCAAGCCAACAGCGCCGCCCAAAACCAGAACACCGCCGGAAACCAAGCGGCUCACGGCGUCAAAAGCUCUUUAGCUCAGGCCGCUAAAAACGCCGCCUCCGCCGCCCAAGCCGCCGUCGUGGGCAAGCAAGUUCUGGUCCAAGACCUCCACUACCAAAUCCAAGCCGCCCAGCAGCAGCUCCAGGCCGAAAUCGCCCAAGACAACUCCGCCCAGCAAGCCGCCAACGCUGCGCAGCAGGCCAGUCAACAGGCGCAGCAGCACGUGAACACCCUGAGUGCCGCCUUAGCGGCUGCGCAGGCCACCGCUGCGCACGCCUCGCAAGCCGCAGCGGGCGCUGCCGGCGCAGCGGCUUCCCAGCAAGCCAUGGUAUCUGGAGCCAAGAGCCAAAUUGCGGAAUUGACCGCCAAGUUGGAAGCGGCUAUUGCCGAUUUGGAAGAGACUGAAAGCGCCGCGGAAAAAGCCGCUACCGCUGCGAAGGUUGCACAAGCGAAUGCCGAUGAAGCUGCUAAUGCCGUGGCGUCGAGUGCCAAGGGGCACGGGAAGUAUUAUUAGGGUGGGGGGAACGGAAGGGGUAAUGUGUUUUAUAUGAGUAGUUUGUAGGUUUGUGAAUAAACUGUUACUUAUA